AUGUCUCUUCCGUGUUCGCUGAUCAAUAUCCUGUAUAUAGGCCGCAUUGGUCGGAUUGUCAUGAGAAACGCGAUUCUGCACGGUGACGUUGAAGUCGUGGCUGUAAAUGACCCCUUCAUCGAUCUGGCGUACAUGGCGUACAUGUUCAAAUACGAUUCCACUCACGGUAUCUUCAAAGGUGAAGUGACUACCAGGGAUGGCAAGCUCGUCGUGAACGGUCAGGCAAUCGCUGUGUACGGCGAAAAGGAUCCCUCUGCUAUCCCUUGGGGCCAACAUGAAGCUUACUACAUCCUGGAGUCUACUGGCGUCUUUACAACGACGGAGAAAGCCUCUGCUCAUCUUAAAGGAGGCGCCAAGAAGGUCAUCAUUUCAGCCCCUUCUGCAGAUGCACCCAUGUUCGUUUGUGGUGUCAACUUGGAAGCCUAUGACCCUAAGUACACGGUCGUCUCCAACGCAUCGUGCACCACGAAUUGUUUGGCACCUCUUGCCAAAGUGCUCCACGAUAACUUUACCAUUAUCGAAGGGUUGAUGACUACGGUACAUGCGACUACCGCUACCCAGAAAACUGUAGAUGGACCUUCUCACAAGGAUUGGCGCGGUGGACGCGGUGCCGCCGCCAACAUCAUCCCUUCCUCCACGGGCGCCGCCAAGGCUGUGGGCAAGGUUAUACCAUCCCUGAAUGGCAAGCUCACCGGCAUGUCUUUCCGCAUCCCCACGUCCGACGUGUCGGUUGUUGAUCUCGUUGCCCGUAUUGAGAAGCCAGCUACCUACGACGAGAUUAAGGAGGUCAUGAAGAAGGCGUCGGAGACCACAAUGAAGGGUGUUCUGGGAUACACCGAGGAUGCUGUUGUCUCCACCGACUUCGUGGGCAAUCCGAACAGUUCCAUCUUCGACGCUGCCGCAGGAAUCAGUUUGAACAAGAACUUCGUCAAGUUGAUCUCGUGGUAUGACAACGAGUGGGGUUAUUCUGCCCGUUGCUGCGACCUGAUCGCAUACAUGGCGAAACAGGAUGGCAACGCCUAA